UAGAAAAUGAAUUCGACAUGGUGAAACGUUAUUAAGAUUGAGUGACUUUAUCGUGGAACCUUUUGAGGAAUUUGAUAGUUCAAGAUGCCGAAGAAAAAGAAAAAGAGCCGUGCAUCCAAUGAAGUGUCUACUGGCACACCGUCUUCCUCGCGUAAAAAAAAGCCACCGACAACGCCAUCCUCGGCAUCGAAGCCAGUGGUGAUAUCGGAUAUCAUCUCUGUGAGAUUGUUGACAACAUCGUCUUCCUCUUCGACGGGCGGGAGAAAAUCGACGAAAUACGUCCCUACAGUUGCUCUUCACGAAACAGACGCGAACAAAAUUGAUGUCUAUGCAGGCGAUAAAGUCUUCGUUAUUUCCACGGUUGAUUCAAAUCCCCGUCGAAUAAAAUCGGUAGCUAUAACCAGAGUUAGAAUCAUAGACAGCAAUGUCGAUCGUGCAAACACUUCGAGGGCAUCGUUAUAUGGUAAUAGUGGCAGCGUGAAAGGCAAUAAUCACAAGAAAAACAAACUGACUCCGGGAAACUGCUAUAUUUCUCCCUCAUCGCUGGCGGAAUCAUUAUCCUGCCCUGAUGGAGACGAGACAAGAGCUACUUGUACUAAACUUUUCAAAACACCGGUAUCUUCCGAUCUGCAUUCUACAAGUACAUUGCCAACAGUGCCGAAGACUCCUUCACCCAAAUCAACACCUUCAUCGUCUUCACAGAGCAAAUUUUCCUUCGCAAAAGGUGGCGGAGGCGACCAAUUGAUAUCACCGCCACCUGCAAAGCCAACUCCUUCUUCUUCGAAGAGCAAAUUUUCUUUCGCACAAGGAGGUGGAGGUGAUCGAUUGAUAUCACCAUCACCAACGACGCAACCAUCUACGUCGUCCUCGAAAGGUAGAUUCUCCUUUGCUCAUGGAGGUGGAGGCGAUCAAUUGAUAUCACCAAAAGCCACCCCAUCCACACCAUCGACUCCGUCAUCGAUCAAGUCAAGGGCGGUUCCUGAAAGAACUAUACUGCAAAUCGUUCCCUUGGAUUCGGAUAUGGGCGACAUUUUAGCGUCAAUGUUUUGCAGGAGCGCAAAGACUGUAUCGGUGCGACGACAUUCAGAUACAGGAGAACCAGAAUCAGAAUCACCAUGGACAAUAGGAGGGCCUCUUCAUCAACGUCUAGUCAUAGCUCAUCUAGCCGGUGAAUACCUUGCACAGGAGGCAUUAUUUUCUGUGUCCAUCAGAGGUCAAACUAUCAAAUGCAAAUUAGAUGCAGCAAGCUACGAAAUUACCAAAAAAGAAGACAAAGCAUUGAUAGAAGCUAUGGGAAAACUUUCGAUUGAUCAAGACGCCGGAAUAAGUAACUUAGCUAUUGAGCCGCCCAUCUCCUUGAGUAAUGAACUCGAAAAGUCUUUGCAAUCGAACCUUGCCCAACUGAAUGAUACACAAAUCGAAAAAAUGUUGCUUUUUGAGAUCAGUUCUGACACGAUUGUCGUGUUCGAUAAAGACAACUGCGUCAAUACCUCGAAAACGACAGCAAUUGUAAACCCGAAUUCUAAUUUACCUGAAAUGGUUGUGCCCAAACCGAUGGUUGYGGGUUUAGAUGAUACAAUAAAACAAGUUGUAUCUGCACUUGAGACGCCGCUAUUGCACCCUAAACGUUUUCAUGGCUCCACCGGUAGCUUAAAGGCUCCAAAAGGCAUUCUGUUGCACGGCCCAAGUGGAAUAGGAAAGUCUUCAGUGGCUUUGCAAGUGGGGCAGAGCUUCGAAUCCAGUGGUGUAUAUCACGUAGAACGGAUCCAUUGCACUACCCUCCAAACGCAAACGGCAUUUGUCGGUCAGGCCGAAGCUCGUUUAGUAAAACUUUUUUCGAAUGCACAAAAACCAAGACCCGGGAAGAAGGGAUGUUUGUUGAUUCUGGACGAUAUUCAUCUCAUUUGCCCAAGAAGGGAAGGGAUUGACCUCGGAGCGGAUCGUCUAACAUCGACACUUCUUGCACUGUUGGACGGCAUGAAAAGUAGUGAACCUACCCCUUCAGAUAAAUUCUAUCCUACAGUAAUCCUUGCGAUUACGACCAAUCCGGGAGCGCUUGAUGCGGCGUUGAGACGCCCAGGCCGACUGGAUUCCGAAAUUGAAGUACCAAUACCAGACGAACCGUCGACUCGAUUGAAAAUUCUCAAGUUUCAUCUAGAGUCACUCGGCACUGAAACAAAUUUCUGUGAUUCUGAAUGGUUGUCCUUAGCUCGUCUUGCCAAAGGCUUCACGGGCGCCGAUCUAAAGCUUGCUACGAAAGAAGCUCUUCGAAAGGUCUUGAUGCUAUCUGAGGGAAAAAGAAAGAUCACGAUGACAGUAAUGAAGAAAGCUAUUCUUUCUACCAAACCCUCUGCGAUCAAGUCAGUCACAGUCGAAGUUCCAUCUGUACCAUGGACGUCAAUCGGUGGCAUGGAGGAAGUAAAACGACAACUCAGGGAUGCGAUAGAGCUCCCACUGACUCAUGGUGCAACAUUCCAACGACUUGGUAUUCGACCACCACGAGGAGUUCUAUUGUAUGGUCCUCCAGGGUGUUCAAAGACUCUUAUGGCAAGAGCCUUAGCAACAGAAGGGCAUAUGAACUUUCUUGCUGUCAAGGGGCCUGAACUUCUAAGUAAAUGGCUCGGAGAAAGUGAGAGGGCGUUAGCAGCAUUAUUCCGAAGGGCACGACUAGCCAGCCCUGCUAUCAUUUUCUUUGAUGAAGUAGAUGCAAUUGCUUCAAAACGUGGAGGAAGUUCAAACGGCGGGGGCGAAAGACUGCUGUCUCAACUCUUGACCGAGCUAGAUGGAAUCCAGCAAAGCAAGGAUGCAUCAGGAAGAGAAGGACGAGUCGUAAUCGUAUGUGCCACCAACCGUCCAGAUCUACUUGAUGGUGCACUAAUGAGACCAGGUAGAAUUGAUCGCAUGAUACAUGUAGGUGUGCCAGAUGAGAAAAGUAGGGAGAAAAUAUUGGAAAUUGGUCUCAAGAAGUCAUCAGCAUGGGAAAUCGAUGUAAGUGUCAAAAUCCAGGGUCCUAUGUAGUGUUUUCACAAAAUGAAUAAAAUGGCUCACCUAUUUCUCUCUCAUGAAAACAUUUCAUAGAUUGCAAGUUUGGCCAAAGAUGAAAUUAGUGGGGGACUGUCCGGGGCGGAGAUCAUUGGGGCGUGUCGUGAUGCUGCACUAAAGGCCAUGGAGGACUUCGAAGAGAACGAAGGUGGCUCGACCGACCCAGUGAUUACAACAGAACAUGUAUUGACCACACUCACAAGCAUGGAACGCCAGAUCACACCUGAGAACCUUGAGUUCUACGCAUCAUUCCAAGGAAAUCCUGUAAGGCACUAAGGAUCCCAUAGAACACGUAAUUGUACGAUAUAGUAUCCAAAUCAACCUCCUCUAACGUACAGAAAAUAAUAGGGGAAUGAGGCU